AUGGGAAUCGAAAGUGAUCCGGAGAUAAUCCGCAUCAAUCAGGUUUAUACUUGGGCGCCAAGUCAGCUCUCCUCAUUGCCACUAUCUGCGCAACGAACGGCAAUAACGCUUGAGGAAGAUCCAGCGAAAGCGGAAGCUUUUCAGCGGGAGGUUCACACGGACUUUAUGCAAAUGCGAGGUCAACCUGAGUUGUCUUGGAUGGAGUACAUGGCUCUCCCAUCGCGACAGCCAACUAUUUUGUGUGUAAUCUUUCGUUCUUUGAUAGAAAGCCCUCCGGAACACCAGAUUGUGCCACCUGUGAUCUACCAAGUCCUUGAGCGUCAAACUUGUCGCGAGCAUGUAUUAGCCGUGAAUGCGUUGGUAGACUAUAUUAUCUCGCAAAUGAACGCAGAAAAAAACUUGGAGGAGUUCUUGCCUAUGAUGAUUCGCGUGCUGAAUUUGAUGGUUUUUCAUCGACAUGUCAUGACCUUUGAUAGACUUCUUUUGGCAUUAGUUUUACAUCCAGCAACUGACCACGCUAGCCAAAUUGCAAUGGUCAUUGUCCAGGCCCUUUUGAACUGCACAGAGAUCAACGAAAGGAUUGAUUUCUACUGCCGAUAUAUACCUAAACGGGAUGUAGACGCUCCAGAGCACUUCCGCCGUCUUGCUGAGUAUCAUAGGAAGUUUCCUGAAAUGACAUUCGGUGAAAUGGCCAACAGACCCCCAAUGAUGGCUGAAAUAAUCAACUCAAGAAUGCACUAUCCAAUAUAUUACGGCAGUCUUAUAGAGCGAUUGUUGCCG